AUGGCUUUAGCUACCAAUGUUUCUGCACGAAUUAGUAGUAUUCCUAUGCUGAAUGGUUCAAACUUUAAAGUUUGGAAGGAUACCGUGGAGAUUGUCCUCGGUUGUAUGGAUCUAGAUAUAGCUCUUCGAGAGGAGAAACCCACCUCCACUUCGAAAAACCUCAACGAGAAUGAAAAGGCGGAGGCAAGUAGUCUUUUGAGCAAUCUUGUCUCUGUGAGGUAUAAAGGUAAAGGGAACAUAAGGGAGUACAUUAUGGAAAUGUCUCAUCUUGCUUCAAAAUUGAAAGCACUAAAGUUAGAGUUGUCUGAAGAUUUACUCGUGCAUUUCAUUUUGAUUUCCUUUUCUGUACACUUUGGGCAAUUCAAAGUGAGUUAUAACACUCUAAAAGACACUUGGUCCUUAAAUGAGCUUAUAUCUCACUGUAUGCAAGAAGAAGAGAGGCUACAGCAAGAUAAGACUGAAAGUGCUCACAUGGCUUUAUCUUCUCAGUAUAAAAGAAAGCGUGAUACUACUGCGGAUGUGUCUUUUCAGCAGAAAAAUGCUAAGAAACAGGAUCAAGUUUCAACCCGUUUCUUCUGA